AUGGCACAAACAAGCAAGAAGUUCGAAGUCGCGAUUAUUGGAGGAGGCAUCUCCGGCCUCACCCUAGGCAUAGCCCUCCACCACCGCGGCAUCCCAACCCGCAUCUACGAACAAGCGCCCGAAUUCGCCGAAAUCGGGGCAGGAGUAUCAUUCCGCGAAAAUGCAAUCCAAGCCAUGGAACACUGCCACCCCGGCAUCUUCGAGGCCUUCGAAAAAGUCCGAGUCAGCAAUCUGUGGCCCAGCAAAAAAACCGUCUGGUUCGAUUACCACGACGGAUACCACGACAAAAGUUCCUCGGAAACGUUCGCGUUCUCGAUCCGCACGAAACUGGGACAGGCGGGGGUGCAUCGGGCGCAUUUCUUGAAUGAAUUGGUGGGGUUGUUUCCUGCGGAACGGAGUCAUUUUGGGAAGAGGUUGGAGGGACUGGAGAGGGAAGAAGAUGGGAGGUGGAGGUUGAGAUUUGUGGAUGGGUCGAGUGCGGUUGCGGAUGCGGUGAUUGGAUGUGAUGGGAUUAAGUCGAAAGUGAGGGUUUUGAUGUUUGGGGAGGAGCAUCCGUGUGCGAGGCCGACGUAUACGCAUAAGUAUGCGUAUCGGGGCUUGACGGAUAUGGAGGAUGCUGUGAAGGCUGUUGGGGAGGAGAAGGCUAAGACGGCUUGUAUGCAUAUGGGACCAGGUGGCCAUUUACUCACCUUCCCGGUCAACAAAGGCAAAACCGUAAACAUCGUAGCCUUCAAAACCAACCCCGAAGACUGGCCUGACCACGACCGUCUAGUCCGCCGCGCAAACCGGGACGACGCACUCCGAGAUUUCCAAGACUAUGGGCACGACGUCCUCAGCCUGUUGAAACUCUGCAAACCCGAUCUCGACGUCUGGGGAAUUUUUCACCUCGCGGAUCACCCAGUCCCCUCUUUCGCCAAAGGAUCCAUCUGUCUCGUCGGCGACGCGGCACACGCGACAUCACCCCACCACGGUGCCGGAGCAGGUUUCUGUAUCGAAGAUGCCGCUAUCCUCGCGGAUCUCCUGGCGGAUAAGAGAGUGAAAACUCGAGAACAUGUGGAAGCGGUGUUUGCGGCUUUUGAUGAUGUGAGGAGGGACCGUGGACAAUGGUUGCCUCCCAGUUCGCAGCAUAUUGGGAAUUGCUAUGAAUGGAUUGCGGAGGGGGUAGGGGAGGAUUUUGAAAAGAUUGAGACUGAGAUUAACGUGAGGAAUGGGAUUAUUGCGGAUGUGGAUAUUCCGGGUAUGUGUCGGGAUGCGAGGGAGUGUUUGACGCAGAGAUUGCAGGCGAGUGGGAGGUUGUAGGAGAAGAAGUCGUUUGCUUUGAUGAUAAGGAUCUAUCCAUAGGUGUUUAAACUGUUUUGACGU